AUGGAUGCUAUAUCAUUUGUUUUAGGUCUUAAAUCGUCUCAAUUGCGCUCAUCUCAUUUCACGGAUCUUAUUUAUCAUGAACAACUGGCACCAAAUAAAGAAAAUUCACAUAAGAACUUAGAAAAUAGAAUAAAAGACGCGUGGGUAAUGCUUGUGUAUGAAGAUGAUAGCGGAAAUCAUAUACAAUAUAAAAGAACAAUAUCAUCAUCUGGAACAACAGAAUAUAUAAUCAAUAACAAAAUAGUUACGGCUGCUACUUAUAACAAAGCACUUGAAGGACAUAACAUUCUUAUUAAAGCAAAAAACUUUUUAGUAUUCCAGGGUGACGUAGAGACAAUUGCAUCCCAGUCUCCAAAAGAUUUAACUAGACUUAUAGAACAAAUAAGUGGAUCAUUGGAAUAUAAAUGUGAAUAUGAAAGACUUAAAAUAGAACAAGAGAGGGCUAUAGAUAAUUCUACUUAUGCCUUUCAUAGAAAACGGGGAAUUAAUGCAGAAAUCAAACAGUAUAAAGAACAAAAAGCAGAAGCUGAAAACUACGCAACAAAAUUAGACCAAAGAGACAAUGCAAUUACACUGCAUCUAACAUGGAAAUUAUUUCAUCUAGAGUGCAAAAUAAACAAUAACAAGGAAAUUAUUUCUCACAAUAUUUCUAAAUCUAAAGAACUAGAUAUAGAAAAAAAAAAAUAUCAAGAAAAUUUAAACGAGACUAAAAAAAUUCAAGCUAAGAUAACGAAAGAGAUUUUAAAACAAGAGAAAUCUAUUAAAGAAAAAGAAAAAGCAUUAGAAGAACAAUUACCAAUUCUUAUUGCGGCUAAGGAAAAAAUAGAUAGUGCCAAUAUAAGUAUCAGUAAAUGUAAUUCUAGAAUCAACGAAAUAGAAAGAGAUAAAUCCAGACAAUCAAAUCAUCUUCUAUCUUUUGAAAAAGACUUAUCUAUUGUAAAGAAAGCUUUUCAAAGAUUUGAAGAAGAACAAACAAAAUUGGCAAAACAAAAAGGUGUUAUUUUUAGUGAUGCUGAUUUUGAAGAAUAUAAAAAACUAAAAGAUGAAGUAAAUAGCAAAAUGUCUAUUCAAAAACAGGAAUUAGAAAAUUUGCAUCGUCAACACAAAGUUGAUUCUGAAUCUGCCAAUGUUCUUCAAGAAAAUUAUAAUCAAUUAAAACGACAAAAAGACAUCCUUGAAGAAGAAGUUUAUUUAUUAUCUAUACAAAAAUCUGAAGUUACUUCAAAAGUAAACCAAUUAAUUCAAGAUUUAGAUAAAGAAAGAAAUAAUUUAGAAGUCAUCCGAUCAUCUCGUAUUCGGAUAGCACAACAAGAAAUAGAACUUAAUGAAAAAUUGCAAGAAUGCCUUAAUAAAUUACUUCAAAUUAAUGCAGAUAAACGAGAAUCAGAACGUGAAUUGAAAACAAAAGAUAUUAUUAAUACAUUAAAAAGAAUAUUUCCGGGAGUUCGUGGACGUAUCAUAGACUUAUAUCGACCUACUCAAAGAAAAUAUGAGAUUGCUAUAGCUACUGUUUGUGGGAAGAAUAUAAAUUCAAUUGUUGUUAAUAAUCAAAAAAUUGCCAAGGAGUGUAUCGAAUAUCUUCGUGAUCAAAGAUUAGGGAUAUUAACAUUCAUACCUUUAGAUACCUGUCAAAUUAAAUCUAUUGAUCAGAAAUUACGUAAUAUUCAUCCUCAAGCACGUUUAGCAGUCGAUGUUAUUAGUUAUGAAUCAUCUAUUGAAAGAGCUAUACAAUUCGCAACAGGAAAUGCAUUAAUAUGUGAUGAUUUUAAUAUUGCUAAAAGUAUUCGCUACAAUAAAAAUAUAGAAACCAAAAUUGUGACACUCGAUGGUACAGUCCUUCAUAAAGCUGGGCUUAUAACAGGAGGACAGAAUCACAAUUUUAAACAAGAAUAUAAUAGAUGGGAUGAGCAAGAAAUAGAAGCUCUUAAACAACUCCGUGAUAAUCUUAUAAGUCAACUUCAAGAUAUACAAAAAGAUAAAAGAAAAGAUAUGACAGAAGAAGUUGCAAGCUCUAACAUUUCAGGAUUAGAACCACAACUUCAAUUUUCUAGAGAAGAUUUAAACAUGAUACAAAGAAAUCUUAAUGGAAAAAAAGAAGAGAUAGAACACAUAAAAAAACAAUCAGAAGAAAUAUCACAAAAACUUGAAAAGGAUCAAAAUUUACUUGUUCAACAUGCAAAAAAAAUAUCAAAACUUCAAAGUGAAAUAAACAAUAUAGAAGAUAAAAUUUUUCAGGACUUCUGUUCAAAAAUAAAAAUAAAGAAUAUAAGACAAUAUGAAAAUAAACAUGAAACAUGGACUCAGGAAGCAGCAGAAAAAAGAAUGAAAUUUCUAACCCAGGAAUCAAAAUUAAACAAUCAACUAACUUUUGAAAAACAAAAAUUUAAUGAAACUUCUGAAAGAAUUAAGAAGCUGCAAAUGUUUAUAACUAGAGAUUCAUCAUUAAUAUUGCAGCUUGAAGAAGAAAAAAAAGAAACUCAAGAAACCAUAGACAUUUUAAAAGCUCAAUUAGCACAAAAACGAGAAAUUCAUACAAUUAAGAAGAAAGAACAUAGCGAAAAGACACAAAUUGCAAAUGAACUCCACCAGAAAAUUAACAAAUGGACAAAACAAAUUGAUUCUCUUUCUAAGAUAAAUUCCGAAAUUGAAUCAGAAAUCGAAAGAAUAUCAUUUGAACGAUAUACAAUUUUCAAGCGCUGUAAGCUUGAAGAAAUUAACAUUCCUCUUAUUUCAGGAAGCCUUAAUGAUAUCCCAAUAGAUGAAUCGAUAAUGCAAAAUCAUAUAAAUACUGAAAAUGAGGAAACAAAUAGAAUAAAAACUAAAAUAUGUGAUUGGAAAAUUGAAGUUGACUAUAGCUUGUUAGAUAAAAAUCUUAAAGAAGAUGGAUCUAUAGAUAUGGAAAAUCUCUUAUCCGAAAAAAUAUCCGAUUUAACAUCAGAAAUAGAAAAAAUUGCCCCAAAUAUGAAAGCUAUUGAACGCCUAGAGGGUGUAGAAAAUAAACUGCAUGAUACUGAAAAAUAUUUUGAUAAAGCACGUAAAGAAACUAAACAAGCAAGAGACAAUUUUAAUGCAAUAAAACAAAAAAGAUAUGCUUUAUUUCAUAAAGCAUAUACGCAUAUAUCAGAACAAAUAGAUCAAAUAUAUAAAGAUCUGACUAAAAGUAAAUCGUUUCCCUUAGGUGGAACAGCAUAUCUAAGCUUAGAGGAUACUGAGGAACCUUACUUAAAUGGCGUUAAAUAUCAUGCAAUGCCUCCAAUGAAACGAUUUAGAGAUAUGGAGCAAUUAUCCGGAGGGGAAAAGACUAUAGCAGCAUUAGCAUUGCUAUUUGCAAUCCAUUCCUAUCAUCCAUCUCCGUUUUUUGUUUUAGAUGAGAUUGAUGCAGCAUUAGACAAUACAAAUGUAACUAAAAUUGCAAAUUAUAUACGCCAGCAUGCUGGCAACGGAUUUCAAUUUAUUGUUAUUAGUUUAAAAAACGCUCUUUUUCAUCAAUCAGAAGCACUAGUCGGGAUUUAUAGAGAACAUACUUCCAAUAGCUCUAGGUCUUUAACAUUAAAUUUGCAAGAUUAUAGUGAAUAAUACAAUUGAAAAUAUAUCUGCAAGA